AUGAAUUUCCUUGAUUUUCCUGAUCCACAUUCACCUCUAACACUGUCAUGUGACUUUCCAAAACAAGCUAUUGGUGGUAUGCUAAAACAACACGUCGAUGAUAAACUAAAAAUUAUCUACGAUCAUUCACAAAAAUGCACACCAUCACAACAAAAAUAUUAUCUAUAUGAAGGGGAAGCUUUAGCGAUUGUUGAAUGUGUUCGACGAAUGAGACAUUUUCUUUUACCAUUAGAAUUUACAACUGAAACAGAUCAUUAUCCUCUAGUUGAUUUUCAUAAAAAAAAGGUUCAAAAAAUGCAUUAG